CGCUAAGUUAUCGGUCGCCAUUCUGUGUUGUGUCUGGAGUAAGACAUCCGGUUUGACAGGCCUGCGACUACGCGAGAGGCCACCUUUUUCUUAAAACUUGAGAAGGAGAGUGUUGGCAUUCGUUUGCCAGUUAUUAUAAGCCGAGAUCCGGCGUUUCCGUGCCCGGUCGCGAUGCGAGAGAUCGAGGAAGGAAGCGGCGAGGACAAUAACAAGAUGCAAGUCGACGGCGAGAAGAAGGGAGGUAGCUCAGAGACACGAAAGGAAAAGUCUCGUGAUGCUGCCAGGUGCCGAAGAAGCAAAGAAUCAGAGGUCUUCUUUGAGUUGGCCCAUGAAUUGCCACUUCCACACAGUGUCUCCUCUCAUCUCGAUAAAGCCUCUAUCAUGAGGCUGACUAUCAGCUACCUACACUUGAGGAAACUGUUCAAUGAUCGGGAUGCUGAGCUGGAAGCUGACUUAGAGAAACAACUUAACAGCUUUUACUUAAAAGCUCUGGAUGGAUUUGUCCUGGUGUUAACACAGGAUGGAGACAUGAUCUACAUGUCUGAGAAUGUCAACAAGUGCAUGGGACUUACUCAGUUUGAACUGAUUGGGCACAGUAUUUUUGACUUCAUUCACCCAUGUGAUCAUGAAGAGAUGCGGGAAAUGCUUUCACACAGGCAAGGACUUCUGAAGAAGGGAAAGGAUCAGAACACCGAACGCAACUUCUUUUUGCGGAUGAAAUGUACUUUGACGAGUCGAGGCCGUACUGUCAAUAUUAAAUCAGCAACAUGGAAGGUCCUUCAUUGCACUGGGCACAUUCAAGUGUACAAAUCCAAAAGUGAGCAGAUGCACUGUGGUUACAAGGAGCCACCUAUGACCUGUCUUGUUUUGAUCUGUGAACCUAUUCCACACCCAUCCAACAUAGAGGUCCCACUGGACAGCAAGACAUUUUUGAGUCGUCAUGGCCUGGACAUGAAAUUCUCCUAUUGUGAUGAGAGAAUAACAGAGUUAAUGGGCUACCAACCAGAAGAAUUGCUGGGUCGUUCAAUCUAUGAAUAUUACCACGCCAUGGAUUCAGACCAUCUGACCAAAACCCAUCAUGAUCUAUUUACAAAAGGCCAAGCAACCACAGGUCAGUACAGGAUGUUAGGAAAGGAAGGUGGUUACGUUUGGGUGGAAACUCAGGCCACGGUAAUCUACAAUUCAAAAAAUUCCCAACCUCAGUGCAUCGUCUGCGUGAACUACGUUUUGAGUGGUUUAGUUGAAAAAGAAGUGGUUCUUUCACUGGAUCAGACUGAACGUGUACCAGCAUUCACGGAGAAGGCUGAGGAACCUGUUAAGGCAACAACCGAUCAAUCCACAAACGAAGAGGCCACCAAUCUGUUUGACAAACUGAAGGAGGAACCAGAAGCUUUGACUCAACUUGCACCAGCUGCAGGCGAUACAGUUGUCUCACUGGACUUUAGCCCUUCAGGUUCAGAAAUACAGCAGUUUGAUGAGGUCUCUCUGUACAAUGAUGUUAUGUUGCCCUCCGCCACUGACCGAAAGACGGUAGACUUGGCACUGUCACCCCUUCCUCCUUCGGAUGCAGUUAAGCCACUAUGCAACAGCACAGAGUCGGCCUUGGAGUCAAUUAUCAAGCUUGAAACAACCCAAGAACCACUGGAAUUUUCAUUUACCAUUCCACAAAUUAAUGAGCAAACAAGCAAAUCCUCCUGUCUUGGCCCCACUCACAAUUCAACACAACCCAGUAGUCCUCCAGCCUAUUGCUUUAAUGUUGACACUGAAAUGUCUAAUGAGUUCAAAUUGGACAUGGUGGAAAAGCUUUUUGCAAUUGAUCCGGAAGCCAAAACCCCCUUCUCUGUUCAGGACAUUGAUAACUUGGAUUUGGAGAUGCUGGCUCCAUACAUACCAAUGGAUGAUGACUUUCAGCUUCGGUCAUUGGACCAACUUUCACCACUUACGGAAUCUCCAGCCACCCCUCCCAGCACACAAAGCAUGAACAAUGUGAUUGACAUCUUCCCACAAGCUGGAUCAUCUGUUAAAGACACUCCACACAAGAAUACGCAAACAUUGAACCAAGUGGAAAAGAUUGAGCCUGUGAAUGCAAUUAAAUCUUGCAUACAUGUAAAUGAAAUGGAUAAUUGCCCAGAAGCACUCUAUUGUGAGAGCAGCAGCAGAACAGCUUCACCUGUCCGAACUGGAGGGAAAGGACCACUGACACAGCAGAUUGAUACUUCACAUCCGCAGAGUCUUGUAUCUCCUGUGAAGGUGUUGCUUAAUUACAGUAAAAGAUCUGCAAAAGAAAGAGCUCCAACAGAAGACCCGAGCCCUCAGACAGUGGUUUUGCACAAUUCACCUAAGAAACGAAAGUUGGAAAAUGCAGCUUCCCUGUUCCAAGCAGUUGGAAUUGAAUUAUUGUUCCCAAGUGACACGAACCCUUCAGUCAGUAUACCACACACGUGGAAGCGUGCAAAAGGAUUUGAAGCUAAUGGCAGUGAACAGAAGACACUUGUGUUGUUACCCACUGAUAUAGUAGCCAGGCUUCUGGCUCAUUCAGCAGAGGACAAUAGCUUGCCAACACUCACCAACUAUGACUGUGAAGUGAAUGCACCUAUUCAAGGCAACAGAACCCUGCUUCAGGGUGAAGAUGUUCUUAGAGCAUUGGAUCAUGUCAAUUAAGGUCACAGACCCGAACAAAAUAAUGAACAAUGGCAAAGCCCCAGCACCCAAAGCAGUCUAUUUAUAUUUUCUAAAUCUGAUUAUUAUAAAAGCCUGGCUACUGCAGCUUUUCAGUUAGCGGUACUCCUCCACUGACCUCGCCCAUAAUCUGCUCUUUAUUUGCAUUGUCAGUCCAAGUCUGUAACUCGGUUUGAAUAUCUUAUGGAUACUUGAUGCUUUAAGGCAUAUGGACAUGCUUGGGAUCCAUCAGGAAGGUGGAAUGUAUGACAAUGACACAUCCUAUAAGUAAACAUAUUUUGGUGGUCUAUUUUAAUAAGUACUGAAAUUUGUGUCUAAUGCUUGAAUUUAAUAGCGAUCACUCUAAGAUAUUGAAUAAAUAUUAAAAGGGAUUAUAGCAGCUUUUUUCAUGAACAUUCUUUAACCCGGAGCGGCAAGAUCAUGUCUAUAUGAUUCACUCUAGGAUUUCUACCUGUUGCUUUGCCAGCCGUUAAUUAUAGCCACAAUUGCACAAAAUAUAUUUUCUUAUUAAGUACCAGCAGUUCUUUAUGCAAUAUGUUUUGCAGUUAUAUUUGUCGUAUUUAAGAAAUGGGAGCUCCAACUAAUUUUUUAGUUAUUAUGUAGUUAAAAAUGAAGGUUAGGCAUGGAAUGCAUACACAAAUAAUCACUUUGUACAUGUCAUUUUUAAUCUAGAAUGGCUUAUACUGAACAGAUGAGGACCUGACUUCCUCUUAAGCAACUGUUUGUUGGAAAUCGAAUGUUGGCAACAUAAAUAUGGGCAAUGUCUCUUUUUAAUGUGCAGUUUAAUAUUAUUGAUUAGUCACUUGUUCGCCAGCGCACGUAAUUCCUACUGUAGUUGUAAGUUAAUGCUCUAAAAUCAUAGCAACAAGUCAUAAUUAUGCUGCUUAUUCUGCAUUGUGUAAGUAGUAAAGAGUGUAAAUGUAACAAAUCCAUUGUAUUAGAAGAGCUCGUUUGGUCUCCCUGUCUUGAUUCUAAAGCACUUUGUCACUUAACUCCCAAUUAAGUAUCAUGUAGGUUAUAAAUUCUUUAUUCCCUUUUCCUCCAACACAACACUCCUAUCCCUGCCAUUUCCUGGCCUUGCACAGUUCUUGAAUGAAGUGAUCCCAAACUUUGCGCGUGAAAUUGUACCGUACAACUUGGAUUGUUUUUACUCGGUCAUCUUUUGUUAUUUGUGGUUGGAUCGAACACUAACUGUAUUGUUUCAUUACUUCAAUAAACACGUGGACCAGGCUUA